GCGGGUUUGUCGAAACUUUGACAGGCACGGAAGAGGAUACAAGCAAGUUGAAGCGAAAACACAAGACAUUAUCUACCACGCUGUGUUUGGAUAUGAAAAUGCCGGAGUGUCAAUAGUUUUGCCGUGUCAGUAUGCGGUGCUGCUGUCAGCAAACGCUUGCGGUUCAGGCGCUACUUGCACGCGCAGCGGAGCUCAUUGAGUGACAGUUUGUCAGACAUGGAUCAUAAGGAUGUAUUCGCAGCAUUGCAGAUGGUAUGUUCGGAUGUCAUCUUGGCUCUUAAUGGAUCCCGCAGCAAUUCUUCAAAUGCCGACGCCACUGAUCGUCUGUUGGGGGUCAUGAGGCAGAUUCAGGAGCAUGGUCGUGCUGUUGAACCCUUGAUUACUGGCUUUACUGCUGUCUAUCACCAUUUUGAUUUGGAUGCACAGACUCCUGGCAAUGGAUAUCGGACCUUAGUCAAGGUGGUCCAUUCCUGCGUCACAAACAUCCUUCAGAAGGCCCGUUACAUCGCAUCGAACUACAGUGGAGCAUUUUUCAGGAUGGACCAUAAUAUGGCGGAAAUGGAAGCAUACUGUAGUGCCCUUUGCCAGCUACGGGCAUUGCUUUACCUGGCACAGAUAUUACUUAAUGACAAUGCCCAUGGUCAGCUCUAUUCACAGGAGCAAGGGGGUUUAAGCGAGCGGUUUGUGGAAGAGUACACCUCCAUGCACAAAGCUUGUUUUUAUGGUCGCUGCUUGGGCUUCCAGUUUUCCCCCUCUCUCAGGCCUUUUCUACAGACGGUGGUCAUCAGUAUGGUGUCCUUUGGUGAAAACUACAAGAAACAGCAGACUGGUUUAGGCAUUGCUGCUCUUUCUUUCUUCACAUCUGGCAAAUAUGUGGUAGAUCCUGAGUUGAGGGGGACAGAGUUUGAGCGCAUCACUCAAAAUCUAGAUAUGCAGUUUUGGAAAACCUUUUGGAACCUUACUGAGACUGGGCUAUUAUCAAGUUUGACAAGGAUUGCUUCCACUGUGGUGCAAGUGAAUGUAAUAUUAACCAUACCAGCUGUAUGUCUGAGUUUGCCACUGGCCUCUGACCCCAGUCUCUCAGUCUCUGUGAAUCCUCCAGUUGCACACUGGGGCCCUGGGCCAGUCAAAGUGCGCUUGAUCUCACACACACUCCGACAAGGACAGGACAGUGCAGAACUGUUGGCCCUUUCUCGUCCCGAGGGGCCUCAGCUUUAUCUGCCAGGGGGUUUCAGUCGUCAGACAGCUCCUCUUUCUCCAGGCCUGCUCAUACACUUCCACGGUGGAGGCUUUGUUGCACAAACUUCAAAAUCACAUGAGAAUUACUUGAAGAGCUGGUCAAAGGAUCUGAAUGCGCCUAUUCUCUCUGUGGAUUACUCAUUGGCUCCAGAGGCCCCGUUCCCCCGGGCUCUAGAAGAGUGUUUCUACGCUUACUGUUGGGCCUUAAAGAAUUGCCACUUGCUGGGUUCGACUGCAGAGCGUGUUUGUUUGGUAGGAGACAGUGCAGGCGGUAACUUGUGCAUAACUGUCUCUAUGAGGGCAAUGUCUCUCUGUGUACGUGUUCCUGAUGGGAUUGUGGCAGCCUACCCAGCAACUCUGCUAACAACAGACGCCUCACCAUCCAGACUGCUCACUUUAAUCGACCCUCUGCUGCCUUUGAGCGUGCUCUACAAGUGUAUCGAUGCCUAUGCUGGUUCGAGUUGUCACUCAGUGCAGCCAGCUCAGCAGAUAGACACCUUGACCGCUUUGGGACAGGACACAGUAAAGUUGUUGACUAACUUCACCCAAGGAGCGACAAAUUGGUUUCAGAAUUUAUUAGAACCAAAAGCAGCAGCAGCAUCAUCCUCUUCAACCAUACCAUCAAACGGUCCUUCACCUUCCAAGUCACAUUCUGUAGCGAAACCACAGGAAGUCCAAGAAUACCCAGAAAACUUUGAGCCACUCCGGUCUAGGUGUCUGGUGGAUAUACACACACCUUGCACACCAAUAAUGAAGAACCCAUUUGUUUCUCCUCUACUUGCUCCGGACAGUCUUCUCAAGGGGCUUCCACCAGUACAUAUAGUGGCUUCUGCUUUGGAUGCCCUGUUAGAUGAUUCAGUGAUGUUUGCCAAAAAGCUUAGGAAUAUAAACCAGCCUGUGACGCUCACUGUGGUUGAAGACCUUCCUCAUGGCUUCCUGAGCCUAUUUCAGCUCUCCAAAGAAACCCAGGAAGCAUCUGAUAUAUGUGUGAAACGAAUCAGAGAAGUCUUCCAGCUAGAGGAACAACCUGCGGAUCAGAGGCAGCCGGGGCUCAGUUAGACAGUUUAGGCUCGGAAAAGUCCUGCUGGACCACCAAGGUCCAAGAAGUUCCAGGGAUCUAAAUAACAAUAAAGUGAAACUAGUUUUGACAAGAGAUGUAUUUAAAAAAAAAAGAGGAGUCAAUCCACCAGCUCAACUCCUGGAAUCAAUUGUAUAUCCAAAUUACAAUACCAGAGUUACAGGCUUAAUGUGCAGUUUUUUCAUCAGAGUGACUCAUUUUUAGGUAUUCACAAUAACUAUUCACUGUUGUGUUCUGACCAAACUGAAUGUCUCAGCAUCCAUCAAAAUUUCACCAUUGUGCCUGUAGUGAUGCAAUAAGAUCAAUCCUAGCUGCUUUUGCACUGCAAACUAAAAAUUUUUAAAGUAACUGCACUGUUGAUUUUAAGUCACCAUUUCUGACUUCUUAUUUUUAUCUGAAAUGAAAAUGGAUCGAAUGUUUAAAGAGAGGGUGUUAAACACACAGCUUUAGUUUUUCUCGCUUGUUUAAUUUAAAAAUGUAACCUUUUUAAAUUUAGUAAAUCUUUAUUUGUACCUCAUUAUUGGUUAUUAAAGCAGCAUAAAGUUUAUUCUACAGUUGUGGGCAUGUUUUGUGCAUGCACUCUGUAUGGUGUUUCAAAAAAAAAAAAAAAUUAAAUUGUUCCACAUAAGGUGGCAUUUAGUCCAGUUCGGCUCAUGAAUUGAAAUUACUUUGACACCCCUGCUUGUAUUACAAUGUCAGCUAUAGCAUUAUUUGAAAAUGUAUAGUUAAUUUGACAAGGAUAUUUGCGUUAUACACCAGACAAAACUUUGAGGCCUUUGAGGAUGCGCGGUUAUAAGCUUUUACAGCAUUGUGUGUGUUCAUAGAGUACUGUUGUCUACACGUGAACCUUUAUAUUAACAGGUUACCUCAUCAUUUCUUGAAGAAGAACUGUCCAGAUGCACCAGAAACUUUCGCUGACUUGUUACCAGUUCAUGUUUUUAUGCAGUAAACUAAACAGCUGAAGGGUGCUCAUAACCAUAACCAAAUUAGAUUCAGACCUGUACUUUUUUUCUUAUAACACCAAAGAUGUUUGUUCUAUACUGUACAUUUCUGAGAGGAUUUUGAUGAACUGAAUGUCAAAUGCAAUAAAUAAAUAAAUA